AUGAAGGCUGCUCCGGCUCACGCCCACACCGCCCCUGCUACCCAGAACACCACCACUCCCUAUCCCGCCAUUGAUGCCUCUACCUUCGCUUUCCGUCCUAUCCACGAGUCCAUCGUUUCCCGCGCCAUGACCCGCCGCUACUUCAGCGACAUGGACCACUACGCCGAGUCUGACGUCGUCAUCGUCGGUGCCGGUUCCUGCGGUCUCUCCGCUGCCUUCACUCUCGCUUCUCGUCGCCCUGACUUGAAGAUCGCUAUCAUUGAGGCAGGUGUCGCUCCCGGUGGCGGUGCCUGGUUGGGUGGUCAGUUGUUCUCUGCCAUGAUCUGCCGUAAGCCCGCCGACGAGUUCCUCGACGCCGUUGGCGUUCCUUACGAGGACGAGGGUGACUACGUUGUCGUCAAGCACGCUGCCUUGUUGACCUCUACCCUCUUGUCCAAGGUCUUGCAGUUCCCCAACAUCAAGUUGUUCAACGCUACCGCUGUUGAGGACUUGAUCACCCGCCGUACCGAGCAGGGUCUCCGUGUUUCCGGAUGUGUCACCAACUGGACCCUCGUCACCCUCAACCACCACAACCAGUCCUGCAUGGACCCCAACACCAUCUCUGCUCCUAUCGUUAUCUCUACCACUGGUCACGACGGACCGUUCGGUGCUUUCUGUGUUAAGCGUUUGGAGUCCAUGAACGCUCUUACCGAGAACGAGGGUAAGCUCGGUGGUAUGCGCGGUUUGGACAUGGGUUCCGCUGAGGACUCUAUCGUCAAGGGUGUCCGUGAGAUCGUCCCUGGACUCAUCGUCGGUGGUAUGGAGUUGUCCGAGGUUGACGGUGCUAACCGCAUGGGACCCACCUUCGGUGCCAUGUUCUUGUCUGGUGUCCGUUGUGCCGAUGUUGCCCUCGAGAAGUUGGAGGGUGCCCGUCAGGAGUACGACCGUCUCUACUACGGAGGCGCUGCUGCUGCUCAGGGUUUGUCUCGCAAGAACUGA